AUGCUCUGGUUUCAAGGAAAUAGCAUGCAACUUGCCAGAUCUUCCCUUGGAGUCUUCUUGGUAAACUGUUCUGCCUCUGAGACAACUCUGCCUGUGCUGACCUUAUUCACAAAGGACCCACGCCCCCUUUGUGGUGAAGCCAAGGAAGUACUCAAGCCAUAUAAAAACAGGUUUAUUUUACAGGAAGUGAAUGUCACACUUCCAGAAAACUCUGCCUGGUAUGAAAGAUAUAAAUUUGACAUUCCUGUCUUUCACUUGAAUGGCCAGUUUCUGAUGAUGCAUCGAUAAAACACCU